AUGGCGGCCGCCGGCGGUGCUGCCAGUAUCAUUACCCAAGUGCAGCAGACAGCGGGUCCACCGAUCAAUACAUUGGGAGGAGAGGCCACGGCCGAUGAACAUAUCACAUUGGAUUUGAGAGGAACACAAUUUACGCUGUCCCGGGAUGAGUUGCUGACGCUUCCCGAAUUCGUAUUAUUAUCAUUAUUCCCCAACGGCCUUCUUCCGGAUGGACACAUGAAUGCAUUCCAUGACGGCGAUGUCUACCCAGUCGACUAUAACCCAGAUUCCCUUCAAUAUAUGUUAAACUUCUUCCGGGAAGUCGCGCAAUCAAUUCCCUCAGCAUCGCCCUCGCCAACUACGCCGCCGGAGAACGAUCCUAUGACCAUCGAGCCUUUACAAGGGUCUACCAAAGACAUGCUUCAGGACAGAGCGGGGAUCAUCGUUCUUAGAGAGGAUCUCGACUUCUAUGUCAUCCCACCUCGACCAGACAUCGAAGCGCUGGAAAUGACCGAGGUCAAACGAGCCGCGGGUCGAUGUUUGCUUAAACAAAACGGCAUCUUUUCCGGCCUUAAGAGAAGCGAAGAGGUCGGAACGACAGAGCAGCAUUUGAUUGAAAUGUUGACUGCAGGUGGGUUUGAUCAUGACGACACCUGGGGUCAUCGAGCAGGUGAACCGAACAAAGCCGUUAUAUGCAGUUUGGCUCUAGCUCGCCUACGCACCGACAUCAAAGGAGACAUUGCUGGCAGCAACGCCGUCGGGAUGGCCCAAAAACUGUUGCUGUUUUGGCGAAAGCCUGCCCGAAGGUGCUGGUGGGAAGGUGUUGAGUUGGAGGAUGUUGAAGGGGUGCAAGGCAAGGUCAAAGUAUGGAUUCGAAGAGUGUGGACUCUUGAAAUGAGUGUUAUUGGCCUGCGAUGA